AUGAUGCAGUGCAAUGACACUCUGGUUGCAGUUGACACAAACGUACUCAUGGGAAAGCUGCAUGUUUUGAAAGGGCUGUCGCACAUUUUUGAGGACAUAGGCAUGGCGCUGUUUGUCCCGAAAACAGUCAGCCGGGAGCUGGACAGGCUGAAAACAGACAACGCAAGCGCGCGGGAGGCGCUCCACUUCAUAGAGCAAGAGACCGCCAGAAGCAACCGCAAAGUUUUUAUGGAGCCAUUUGUUGAGGAAACAGGCUCUACCAACGACGACUCGAUUGUUAUUUCCUGCUGGAACAACCGCAUACCCAUUCUCCUGUCGGACGACAAAGCAAUGCGGCUUAAAGCGAACAGCGCGGAGGAGAAGGGCCUUGUGUCGAUUUCUGUCGGGGGCAAGACCGCAGCCGAGCUCUUCGAUGAAAUGGCGCAGCUUCUAGGCAUGCACUUUAUGGAGUGCGACAUGAAGGAGGACGACUUCGUGGGGGACAUAAAGAAGAUGACGGCCCGCGCCGCCUUUCUGAUAUACCACAGGAGGGUGCUUCCAACCGUCGAGCGAGAGCUGGGGAAAGACCUCGCGCAGUUCUACCUUCCGGAGGGCCUAGAGCACUCGCUGUCCUCCUUGCUUGAGUAUGUCCUAAAGAACCACCAAUUAUUCAGAGGAAUGCUUUCGAAUGCUUCUAUUAAAAUCAUCACGAAGCUCCACAAGAAGUGUGUGACCGAGCAAGAAAUUGCUUUGCUUCUUGAUGUUUUUGGCGUUUCAUUUGGCGGAUAA